ACCAGGAUCCGGAGCGGAGCUGCAGCGUCACAGAGAGACGCCCAGAGCCGCAGCUUAAGAGCAGCGGAGCCUCAGCGGUUCGCCACAUUUCUCUCCUGAUCCCGAGCAGAGAAGCAGAAUCAUGGCCAGAACCAAGCAGACCGCCCGUAAAUCCACCGGAGGCAAAGCCCCCAGGAAGCAGCUGGCCACCAAGGCAGCCAGGAAGAGCGCUCCGGCUACCGGCGGCGUGAAGAAGCCUCACCGCUACAGGCCCGGUACCGUGGCUCUGAGGGAGAUCCGUCGCUACCAGAAGUCGACGGAGCUGCUGAUCCGCAAGCUGCCCUUCCAGCGUCUGGUCCGAGAGAUCGCUCAGGACUUCAAGACCGACCUGCGCUUCCAGAGCUCCGCCGUCAUGGCUCUGCAGGAGGCCAGCGAGGCCUACCUGGUGGGUCUGUUCGAGGACACCAACCUGUGCGCCAUCCACGCCAAGAGGGUCACCAUCAUGCCCAAAGACAUCCAGCUGGCCCGCCGCAUCCGCGGAGAGAGAGCUUAGAGGCUGCAGCUCCAACAAACACACAACGGCUCUUUUAAGAGCCACACACACCCAGUUUAACAGCUCUUCCUGUUGGUAAUAUUGUAGCGUAGAUUUAAAGAUUAACUUUAAGUUGAGAAGUUUGACUUUCCUUUUCGGUUGAUCUUGUCAAAAACAGGCCACCUUAUGUUUAAUUAACCAUUAGUUAAUCAACAUUAUAACUGUCCCUCAAAUAUAAAGACAGAAAUUAUCAUGGCAUCUAAACAUUUCUUACAUCAACUACAGUUGAUAAAACUUGUUUCACAUGAACGUUUCCAUAAGUGAGUGAAAAAUGACCCAAAUUCUCCUCGGAGUUUCAUUUGUAAACUUGGUUCUGAGCAACAUUAAUGUAUAUUUAUUUUUUUGACGCACACAGAGAACAUCAAGUGUUAGUUAUUGUGUAAUUUAUUCUAUUUUACAGUUUAUUUAGCUAGCUAACUUCGCAUUUUUCGUGUUUGUGUCAUUAUUUAUUACAUUAUCCUAUUUCAUCAUAUUCUUAAAAUACGUCACUUCCUCCACGUGUUGGAUGAAGAAGCUCUUCCUCAUGUACAAAAUAUUCUAUUCUGCUGUCAUGAAAAUUUUCCAAUUUUCAAAAUGUUUCAAGUUUGUUUUUUGUUUUUAUUAAAAAUUAUUUUCAGGUAAAAAUCCUUCUUUUGUGUACCGCUACAAUACAAAAUAUGUAGCAAAUGAUGAUCUUUAACCAAAAUUAAAAACACGUUGAUUCUAAAACCGGUCAUUUUCGACUCGCCUAUAUGGAAGCGUGUGGCCGUCCUGUCGCUCAUGCAACUAAAGGUUCAUUAUUAAUUUUUUAGGUUAUUAGUAUUUACACAACAUGAUUAUUGCAGCUUUUUAAUCUUUUCAUAUUUCUUAGCUUGUAUUUUUAGUUGAGACACAGUAUAUUGAAUAUGUUUAUAAAUUAAGUUGCAAGUAUUUUUUUUUAAUUAUUAGUAUUUCUGAGAUCAC